CCUUAAACAGUCUUCUUCACUGCUCUGCUCUGUCUCUUUCUUCUUCUUGUUCCUCAUUAAAAGCUGAAACAGAGAUCGGUUCUUUCACCACAACACAUGCAAGUUCUUGCAUUUGUUUGAGGUCCUUUCAAAAGUCUGAUCCUUUUUUUCUGCUCUAAGCAUUUCCGACUCUUGGAAACAACGAGUAAGAGAAAUGAGGAAGCUUUUCUUGUUAGGGUUUGUAGUCGCAGGACUGAUUCUGGGGACUGAGGCAAAUGGGUAUUUUGAGUUCAACGUCACAGAAUUAGAUCGCAUUGAGGAAUUAGAGUAUGGCUUCUCCAAAUAUAGCUCCAAUUUCAACCCAUUAAUGGUCGGCCUCACACUUAUCAGAGGAGCUGGUGCCAAAGGAGCUGUUUGUUUGGAUGGAACUUUGCCUGGAUAUCACUUACAUCGUGGACAUGGAUCCGGAGCCAAUAGCUGGCUUAUCCAACUAGAGGGAGGAGGAUGGUGUGACAACAUUAGGAACUGUGUAUACAGAAAGAAGAGUCGUCGUGGAUCCUCUAACUAUAUGGAGAAACAGAUACAGUUUACAGGAAUACUUAGCAACAAAGCUCAACAAAAUCCAGACUUUUUCAACUGGAACAGAGUCAAGCUUCGUUACUGCGAUGGUGGUUCCUUCAGUGGAGAUAGUCAGAACCAGGCUGCAGGGCUUCAGUUUAGAGGAGAGCGGAUAUGGAGAGCCGCAAUGGAAGAUUUGAAAGCAAAAGGAAUGCGAAAUGCCAAACAGGCACUUCUAUCUGGAUGCUCUGCAGGUGGUCUAGCAGUGAUUUUACGUUGUGACGAAUUCAGAAACUUGUUGUCAAGAUCUACCAAAGUCAAGUGUUUAAGCGAUGCAGGCUUGUUCUUGGACACGCCUGAUGUCUCCGGUGGCCACACCAUCAGGAAUCUAUAUAACGGAGUUGUGCAGUUGCAGGGAGUGAAGAACAAUCUGCCACAUAUAUGCACAAACCAUCUCAAUCCAACUUCUUGUUUCUUCCCUCAAAACUUGAUCAGUCAGAUGAAAACUCCUCUUUUUAUUGUCAAUGCAGCAUAUGAUAUUUGGCAGAUUCAAAGCAGUCUCGCUCCACCAAGUGCAGAUCCUAGUGGUUAUUGGCAUGAAUGCAGAUUAAACCAUGGAAGAUGCAGUCCAGCACAGAUCCGGUUCUUGCAAGGGUUUAGAGAUCAGAUGUUGAGAGCUGUGAGGGGGUUCUCGAAUUCAAGAAAGAACGGUUUGUUUAUAAACUCCUGUUUUGCUCAUUGCCAAACCGAACGGCAAGACACUUGGUUCGCCGAUGAUUCCCCUGUUAUCCACAAAAAGGCGGUGGCGAUAGCAGUUGGAGAUUGGUAUUUCGAUAGAGCGGAAGUGAAGCUCAUAGAUUGUCCGUACCCGUGUGAUCGGAGCUGCCACAAUCUGGUCUUCAGAUGAAUAAUCUUGUCAUUUUUUUUGUUUCCUAUACGAACGAAAUUAGAAGUGAAAAAUAAAAUUUCAUUUCUUUCAUUUAUCACUGAUCUUGUUGUACUGUAUCCUGAAGAGAUGAAGAAAGGCCUUUCAAAAUUUUACGUCCAAUGUCACUGUGUUUGCUUAGUAAUUUAGACAUGUCAAUCUGACCAAA